AGCCUCCUCGCACGUGCUCAGAAUUUUUCCAGCUUUAAACAUGAUCACACCAUCAAACACCUUAUAGGUAUAACACCACAAGGCUAUAUUUCUUUUAUUUCUAAAGGAUUGGGAGGUAGAACCAGUGACAAAUAUGUGACUGAAAAUUCUAAAUUUUUAGAUAAUCUUUUGCCAGGGGAUAUCAUUUUGGCAGACCGGGGAUUU